AUGAGAUUACAUCGUAAUUUCAGAUUAUUUUCAGGACAAGGAAUAUAUCUAGUGGAAUUGGAGUUGGGAACUAUGGCCUUUACACAGCCAAAAACAUCAGUGGAAAUACCGCUAAAAGAUAGUACCGAAAAUGAAAUAAUCGAAUUGGAUUUUGACAAUUUGCCCGAUGAUGGUGAAGAAGUCCUUGCAAUUUUACGUGGUGAACAUGCAACACUAAAUUUUUGGGUUGAUUUAGCGCUGGCUUACUAUCGUCGCGGAAAUGAAGCUGAUUUUGUUCGCAUAUUGGAAAUGAGUGGUUCAGAAGCAAGUCUGGAAUAUCCAGAAUAUCAUCAGGAUCAGAUGCGAGCUCUAGAUACACUUGCUGCUUAUUAUGUAAUCCAAAGUCACAAGGAACGCAAUAAGGACAAGAAAAAGGAGUGGCAAACGAAAGCGACAUUGCUUUAUACUACAGCUGACAAAAUUAUUAUGUAUGAUACGUAUCAUCUGUUGGGGAGGGCUUAUUUCUGUUUACUUGAAGGUAAAAUUGAUCAAGCAGAACAGCAGUUCAAUUUCGUUCUUAAUCAGGUUGGCGAAAAUAUACCUGCAACAUUAGGUAAGGCAUGCAUUUUCUUUCAACGAAAAGAAUAUCGAAAAGCAUUGAACUGCUACAAAAGUGUACUACGAAAAAUGCCAGAUUGUCCGGCAGACGUACGCUUGGGUAUCGGUUACUGUCUAGCAAAAUUGGGACGGCUGGACAAAGCAAGAUUAGCGUUCAAACGUGUCUUGGAUUUGGAUAAGGAAAAUGUAUCAGCUCUUGUUGCUUUGGCAAUCCUAGAUAUGAAUACAUUGGAACAGGAAGCUAUACGAAGAGGAGUGGAAUCUCUUGGUCGAGCUUAUCAAAUAGAACAGGAGAAUCCAGUUGUAUUGAACCAUCUUGCUAACCAUUUCUUUUACAAAAAGGAACUGGACAGAGUGGAGCAUUUAGCAUGGCAUGCAUUUCAAAUAACAGAUAAUGAAGCUAUGCGAGCUGAGAGUUGUUAUCAGUUGGCACGAAGUUUUCAUCAAAGAGGAAACUUUGAGAAGGCUUUCCAGCAUUACUAUCAAUCAACCCAGUUUGCUACAGCAAAUUUUGUUUUACCUUAUUUUGGCCUUGGACAAAUGUAUAUUUAUCGGGAAGAUUAUGAUAAUGCAAUCCAAUGUUUCGAAAAAGUUUUAAAAGGUUGCCCGACGAAUUAUGAUACGCUGAAAAUCUUGGGCUCACUGUACGCACAUUCUGAGCCGGCAAAUCAAAAAGAACGCAGUGAACGACGGAAGAAAGCUCGUGAAAUUUUCAAAAAAGUUGUCGAAAUGUGUCCGGAUGACGUGGAAGCAUUGAUUGACUUGGCUCAAUUAACAGAGAAUUGUGAUCCACAGGGUUCCUUGGAUGCCUAUACAAAAGCUUCAACCUUCCUAAGUCAAAUGAUUGAAGUUGACGUACCACCGGAAAUAACAAAUAAUGUUGGCUCACUAUAUUUUACAAUAGGACAGUACGAGAAAGCUAGGGAAUAUUUUGAAGAAGCACUAAAAGAACUUGGUGAAGUUGUUUCGACAGGACAAACGGAUUUAGCAGCUCUGCAAACAACCGUUACUUAUAAUUUAGCGCGGAGUCUAGAGAUGCUUUGUAUGUUUGAUGAAGCUGAACGUCUUUAUAAAGGGAUUUUGCAGGAAAAGCCAAAUUAUAUUGAUUGUUACAUGCGACUGGGAUGUCUUGCUCGAGAUAAAGGGCAAAUUUAUGAAUCAUCGGUCUGGUUCAAGGAAGGGAUGAGUGUAAACCAAUCGCAUGCUGAUGCUUGGUCACUGAUUGGAAAUUUGCAUAUGUCAAAAUUUGAGUGGGCACCGGCGCAGAAAAAGUUUGAAUACAUAUUGAAACUUCCGGAAUAUCACGACGAUCCAUAUAGCUUUGUUGCACUUGGCAAUAUUUGGCUUGAAACAUUGUCUUCUAUUCAUAGAAAGAAAGAAAAGGACAAAGAUUACCGUGAAAGAGCUUUGAUGAUGUAUAGUAAGGCGCUAAAGGUACAUCCGAGAAAUAUUUGGGCUGCCAAUGGAAUCGGAUGCAUAUUAGCCCAAAAAGGGGCUAUCCAAGAAGCAAGGGAUAUUUUUGCUCAAGUUCGUGAAGCGACAGCUGAUUUCUCAGAUGUUUGGGUUAAUAUAGCUCAUGUUUACAUGGAACAGAAGCAGUAUGUCGCAGCAAUUCAGAUGUACGAUAAUUGUAUAAAGAAAUUUAACCGACAUAAUGAUGUGUCACUUUUGCUAUAUUUGGCAAGAGCACAUUAUAAAGCUGGAAAAUUUACCGAAUGUAGACAUAUCCUUGAAAAGGCUAUAUGUGAGGCACCGGAUAACAUGAUGCUGAAAUUCAACCAUGCUUUUGUUUUGCAAAAAUUAGCGACACAAAUGCUUCGUGAUGAUAAAUCAUCACUGGAAAUGGUGACUGGUGCUGUGGAUGAUUUGAGAACAGCAGCGACGAUUUUUGAGUACAUAUCACGAAACAAAGACGAUACAAUGAGCCAGGCACGAGUCGUUAGCCGAACUGCUUCUGCUAGCGAAGCUCGAGCAUGCUAUGAUUUACUUACACAAGCACAAACUUACCUGCAGCGAGCCAAGGCACAAGAUGAGGAGGAACAAAGGCAGCGACAAAGGCAAGAAGAAGAACGACAAGCUCUCAAGCGACAACAAGAACAGGAAGCUAAAGAGCGUGAAGAAAAAGCUAGACGGGAGCUUGAAGUUCUGAAACAAAUGCGGCAAGAAUAUGUGGAAAAGACAAAAGAGAUACUUAGAUUACCAACGAUCGUUGAAGAAAAACGAGUACGUGGUAGUGGAAGGCGUCGUAAAGAUCGUGAAGGUGAUGAGUUCGUAAAUGAUGACAGCGAUUUAGGUGAUUGGAAUGCAGCUGAAGGAGGAGAACCGCGGAAAAAGAAGGAAAGAAGGGGACGCAAAAAACGUGAACGCCGUGAAGUAUCAAGUGGAGGGAGCGGUGGAGAAAUGGAUGAAGCGGAAAGCCGUAAUCGCCGAGAAGGACGUAAAUCAAAGAAAAUGCGUUUCGACCACAGUGAUUUUGAACUGAGCGCAAAACAAAAAAUGAAAGUGAAAAGUCGUGAAUUUGUGCAGUCAGAUGAAUCAAGUUCGGAUGGGGAUGUCAACAAACCAUCGAAAUCACGACUUUCAGAUGAUAGUGAUGUGGCUGGGUCGCCUGGACCGACAAAAACUGCUGAAAGUGAUAGCAGUGCUGCGGAAGAUGCUGCCCAACGAACAGAUUCUGAAAAUGAUAGUGAGAAUGGCCAACCAAAAACAAAACAUAUAACCAACAGUUCGGAUCAAAGCAGUGCGGAAAGCUCAACGGAGGAUCGAGCACGUUCACCUAGUGAUACCGAUGAUGAUGAAGUCGAAAAAACAUCUGUAAAAGCAACCAAAAGGAAACGAAUUGUUUCAUCAGAUGAGGACGGCUCAGAAAAUAACGAAAUUGUUGAAAAUAAUACAGGUCUUGGUGACAAUGGCGUUGACGAAGAUGCUGGUUUCGCGAUAGCUGAUGAUGACUGAAUUGGAUUUUAUUCUAUAGAGUCAUUUAAAAUUUUAUUGCCUAGGAUGGUCCGAACUUUUUUUUGUGAUUGCUG